UGAAAACUGGUAAGUAGUCCUUCGAUAUGACUAUCUCUUCUCUUGAUACUGUAAACACUGCCCCGCGCCAUUGUAGAGAAACAGACUGAAAACUGAAAACUGAAAACUGAAAAGAAUGGAAGAAUCAGAAGAGAUAUUAAUCUGUUCUUUGAAAAGUUUAGGACUUCUAAUUCAACCUCACAUUACUUCAAUCAAACAUCUUGAUUCUUCUUCUUUCUUCUCUAUCUCUUCACAAUCCAUCCACCUUCUCCUUCCCAACGUUGAUACGUCGUCGUUGCCAACCUCACUGCCUGAUUCCAUGCCAGAAAAGGUCAAAUCUUGUACUGAUUUAGCCACUUUUCUUCAACAAUUAGGAUACCCUUUUCAGAUCAGUUUCCACCAGUUCUUAUACCCAUCUGAAGAGGACUUGUAUAAAUUGGUCAGAUUUUUGGUAGAAAGGCUUUCUGAAUUUUCGGAAGCCAAAAAAGCUGUAAAUUUUUGGGGUAAAGGAUUAGAGAGCAACACUAAACUUGUUUCACCAAUCUUGUCUGAGAAGACUGCCGAAUCUUUGGUCUAUCUGAACGAUCAGAAAGUUAAAGCUAGAUCAGAAGGUGAUUCACCAGUAUCGUUAAGUAGCAAUGCCAAUGUUCCAUCGCAAGAAGAUUAUGUAGGAGAUUUGAAGACGGCUGAUCAGGUUGAGGAAACUGCUGAUGUUUCUGAAAAUUGCAAGUGCGUACAGGAAUCAAUUUCUCGUGAUGAUUUGUCAUCCCAGCUGAUAUGCGAGGAAGAAAGCAUAGGUGGUCAAGAAAUAGUCCUUCCCGAGAAAGAAUCAGCGACAGUGAUACUUGAUAACGAGCAUCCCUGUAGUUCCCAUAUUGAUCAGCUCAAUGAACAAAUAGUCACCAGAAAGGAUAAGCUUGAGGAAGCGGAGAAUCAAUGGGACAUGGAUAAGAAGUCUCUGGAAGAGAAAAAGUGGGAUAUUUUGGAGUCCCAUUGUGUUGGCUCACUUGAAUGUCAGCUUAAACUGGAGAAGCUCAAAGAAAUUGACCGAGAGAUGCACUCUGUUAAUUUGGAAAUCAGGAAGAGAGAGAAGGAAUGUGCUAAACUUGAAGGUGAUCUCGAGAGGCAGCCAAAAACUGCUUCUAGAAGGUCAUACAUCCAAAGGAUCACUGAGAUUACAAAGAACAGUCGGAAGUUGGACACGGAUAUUGAACGCAUCUUGAAGGAUACAAGGGAGCUUAAUUUAGAGAGUAACUCAAUCGAGGAACGCCUUCAUCGUACAUAUGCAGUGGUUGAUGAAAAAAUUUUGAGGGAAGCGAAGAAAGACCCUGUUGGCCGUCAAGCUUAUAGACAUUUAACAAAUAUCCAUGAAAGCUUUGAAAAGAUUCGAGAGCAGAUUUUUGCGGCUGAUAAAGUUCAAAGAGAAAUUGCAGAACUCGAAGGAAAGCUUUCAGCAAUGGCCUCCCGGAGUCUAGAUAAGGAUAAAUUGCAAGCUGAUCUUGAUGCCAUGAGGCUAGAGAACGAACAUUUGGAGAAAAUGCUCCUAAAUCGUUGAUAUAGACACGGGGAUGAGGAGGGCUUGUGCUGCAUCCACACUUCUAGUCAAAAUGACAAUCGUGUGAGGGGGCAUGUUAGAGUAUAUAAUAUAUUUUGGGGGCUCAAUAAUCCGCUUAAGAUUUUGGUUGAGUUGGUUCUUUAACACAUCGUUGCAUCAGUACUUGGUACUUGAGAGUUGAGACGCUCGUUGGUUGACGUGAAGGGAAGGUUGAAGUUAAUAGCUAGAAGAAAGUGAAGCAUGUGUGUUAUAAUGAAAAGUGUCAAAUUUACAAUUACUUGUAUGAAUAUCCUACAUGUACAAUGAAUUAGCAAGAAACAACGAAUUUCUUUUUUCUUUCUACAUUCUUCUUUUGUAGACUUCUAUUCUUCGAUGUUCCUUCUCUUCUUGAUCUUUCACGUCUAAAAUCAAUCUUUUCAAAGUGGUAUACUAUAUUCUCUUUCUUCAAUACAGACAUUUCAACAGCUUGUAGUGAAGAUGAUCAAGUAGAUGAAGAAAUGAAGAUGGUAGUUCGGAGAAACCGAGCAUAUCUAAUAGUCUAAGACUUUCAAUUUUGUUAUUGCUUGGAUUGUCUUGAUUUGGGUAGAUUAAAGAAUUCCUACAAGCAAAAAAGAGAGGAAAUUUAUCCUUUUAUUCUCCUUUAGGAAGUGAAAAUUAAACUCCUUAUGCGAAAGAUAUUAACUUAUCUUAGUAAUUAUUGCCAUGUACAAUACUCAGACAUGGCAAUGCAUCUUUACUUUUUGAGAAGUUCAAAUUCUUUAUGCAUUGUAGUGUAAGCUGGCUCAAAUACUCGGGUUAUAAAAAAAUCGAAUAUGCUGUUGUCAUUUAGAGUGUAUAAUGAUCAUCGAAAAUUAUAAUUAAUUAAAUUUAAUUUAAAUAAAUUAAUUUGAAUAUAUCCCAAGGUUGCAAAGUUUCUGUUUUGAGCAAAAAGUAGUUUUCACGGAUCGCGAGAAAGGAAGGAAAAGCUACUGUUUUGUGAGAGCAAUAGGUUGCGGCCCGCGAGUUUCGCUCUGUUUUGCGGGUUUUUCUUUGCAAAAUCAUUUUAUCUGUUUUGUUAGUUUUAAUGUAACUACCAACGGUUAAAUAUGGUUAUAUUAACCAGAUAUAUUGGGAUGAAUUGAUUGAAAGACGACAUUAGUUCGUGAAUCGAUCUUGUGUUUCAUGGAGUAAUAUUUUGCUUCAUGAAAUGAUGUAAGCUAUUCUAUAAAGAUAGAAGGCUUGUGU